AUGUGUUGUGCCAACCACUCGGAAGGCUUUGGUCUCGGUGUGAUGAUUCAUGACGGAUUCAGUUUGUCCUCUGCAUGGGAACUCGACCAACCGUCAUGUCAUAGCGAGCUCUGGAUUCCCAAGCACGUGCUACGUCUGAUUUGGGUACUAUGGCAGACGUAUUUUGUCUUCAAAUAUCAUCGAAUGAUCUUGCAUACGCAUAAAUUUUUUGUGCGGCUUGCCUUCACUCAUUUGGCUGCGAUCAACUUGUGCCACUGGAUCAAGGCGGUUAUCAGUGAAGUCUCCGAAACCCUGAAGCGAGCCGACGCGAAUGUGGAAACCCAUGUGGCAGCGGCGGAAGCAGUAGUAUCAGCGUCGAUUGGGCGUAAUUCCUCACACAAAUUUGGAACAAGUUCCCAAGGUCACAAAAUCGGAGGUCUGUGCGAUGGACACCUGGGAGAACUGAUAAAACCGUAUUUGUACCCGUUAGCUAUUGAAUACAGUUUGAUUACUGGCACGUUAUUUUAUAAACUUUUGCAACGGGUUGGUCAGACCUCAUCUGCCAAACUGUCCAAAUAUCCGAGUUGCACAUCCCUAAUGACCACUCCGCGACUCCCGGAUGAAACAAGUCCGAUUGCAAAUUUGUCCACUCUUCCAUCACUUGCCUCGUUCGGUGAGAUAUCCUCACUCCGAGCACCCAAUCUGCUACCCUAUCAAUCCACUGACGAUGUGAGCACACGGCCCAAUCGGUGUCGAAAACACACAAGCUAUCGCCAACUGCUUGGCUGUCCAGUCUAUUUGGCUCCGGAACUGGACGAGGAAGAAGAGGACCAGGACUGUUCGUCUGUGAAAGGACGUCAGGUGUACAAGACUCGCGCGGACUCAGUUCAGACCAUUCAUAUCAGACCUCAUCGUACACGGCUUCAGAGUGAAAGUUACUGUCACCGAUCGCAUACGGGACUGUUUCUCGGGCUGAUGCUAUUUCUGGCCUGUAUUAUUGGUGUGAUUUUCACUGUCGGUCGAGGACGACAUGCAUUUGGUAAAUUUAUACCAUAUGUCUAUCAGUAUUCGAAAAUUUUUAUGCUGUCGGUCAGUAUGCUCGCAUGUUCCCUGGCCUUGAUUCAAACCUACUCCAUGAAAUUUCGUCGUAUCAAAGCCGAGGAAAGUUUCGAGUACAAUUUGUUGGGAAUCGGACUGAUUGGAUGUUUGACUUAUCAUAUGCUCCUGUUUGUCCCGUCCCUGGAAACGGUUGUGCAUACCAUGAUCUAUCAAUCCACAGAUGGCCAGUCCGGAUCGGUGCCCAAAGAACAGGAGAUACGAGACAGCGCAAAUCCGGUCACCAUAGAGAAACUGAAUGGGACCGCUUUAUUGUAUCUGGUCAAAUGUACUCUUGAGCUGUGUCAAGCUUUGUUACAAUUUUUCUUCAUAGUCGAAGCAUCUCGUCGCGGACCGUGUUGUCCAAAUCAGGCUCGAAUCAAACCGGGUCGUUCGGCAAUUGUAUUCCUAUUGAUCAACAAUUUGGCUUUGUGGUUGAUGAACACAUUUGAAUUUCGCGAAUCCGAAAGUCAGCUGAUUUUGCAUCGACAAUACUACGGGAUUCGCACGUGGCCUGUGAUCACAUGUUGUUUCAUUCCAUUGAUCAUUUUUUUCCGAUUUCAUUCCACCGUGUGUUUAGCUCAGAUCUGGUCCAAACUGUACGAGUUGCACUAG